CUAAAAUGGAUGAGACGAGUAUAAUGGGCUUAACAGGACUUCUUCACUGUCAGCUCAUUGAAGGCCAGAAAGGAGUGGAGGAACAGUUGGAUUCGCUCGAAGAGUUUAAUAAAGCCACCGGAAUGAGCAAGGAUUUGCUAUACCUGUGCGCACUGUCCGGUCAAAAGAGGGGCAAAUCAAGCGAUGAAAUACUCCAAUAUUUGGACAAAAUUGUCGAUUUGCAAAAUCAAACAAUGAAACAUUUAGCGCUGGGCAUCGAGUAUUACAUUAAGUUAGAGCCGGAACUAAUUCUUAACGUAACCAAACUGUAUCUGCAAUACUCUCCUAAUGAGCCCUUAAAUCUGGGACAGCCGUUGCCAUUGCCUCUGAAACAGGCGAAAGACAUUUUGCAACCACUGGUCAACGCCUGUCCCGUACAGAAAGAGCCCCUCUAUUUGAUGGCGAAAGUGAAAUACUUGAGCGGAGAUAUUCAGGCGGCCAUCAGUUUAUUGCAGAAAUGUCUCGAUAUUAACCCAUCCUUUAGUGACGGACACCUACUUAUGGCUCAGAUUUCUAUACAUUACGGUAAUUAUCAGACCGCUUCCAAGAGUCUGGAAGUGGCGCUCAGCCAUGACUUUCAGAUUAGAGAACAAAUUCAAUACAUUCUCACAAAAGCAUCGGUUUUGAAGACAGAGAAGAAAUACGACGAGGCUAUUAAACUGCUAAAUUCAGCACUUGUAAACUCUAAAAAACGGGGCUCUAAUUUGGCUACAAAUAACAAAAUAUCACUUAUUCUACAAAUGGUUGAUAUUUACACACUUAAUGACCAAACGACGGAGGGCUCGAAGCUAUUGACUGAAUUGCUAGAAGACUGUAGAGAAACCGCCGACGAGGGAAGGAUUAUGAUAGCGAACGCCCAGUUGGCUGAGGCCAGGGGUGAUAUCGACGCGGCGUUGACUUUAUUGCGAGAC